UUGUAGUAACCCUUCUGCAAACUACAGUUGCCAUGGUUGGUUUGGAAGAUAUCGCUAGUUGUGGAAAUGCUUGCAAGUGGCAACUUUGUGGGAAGUGGCCAGAUAGUUCUGGUGUGCCAUGCCAAGAACCAACGCCAAAUUGUAGCCGCACAGAGUUUCUGCAAUGCCAAUCUCGCUUGCCUCUUGCAGAAGUUCACUCAAGAAAACCACUCUGGAUCUACUUUUCAGGUGAUUCCACUGGCCGCCAGCUGUUCCGGGCAUUUCUGAAGUACGUUGCGAUAGACUUUUCUGCCAGCCUUGGCAACUUUUCAGAGUUCAAACAGAAAGUUCGACAAUGCACAAAGCUACCAGAACUGGAUACGAAGGAAAAGGAAGAGGUGAAUGCCGAAGCAAUUUUGGCAGGAGUGCGGGCUCCGAAGUGGGGCAUAAAUGAUCACGUGUGCAAUUGGAAUACAAGUUUUGACCAAAGGCCUGUGCAGUUGACCCUUGCCUGGCGGAUGUUCGUGGGAUACCAAUUGAACGAUUUACAUGUGUUGGACACUGCUGCGCAAGUGGGAAGAUUGCCAACUGUUUGGGUGGUCAAUUCUGGCGUGCACGAUUGCAAUUAUCUCAGGCGUAAUGUGACGCGGUUGGUUUCAUCUGUGGAGAGAUUUUUUGCUUUUUUGAAUCAGAACCCUGCUUUGAAGAGACGAACGGUGCUCGUGGGCAUGCAAUACAUGGCAAAUAAAAGUGAAGAGAUCGAGACGAACGGCAAACGUAUACAUGGCUAUCUCUACAAUUGUUCACGAAUGCUUCAUGAUUUGAUGCUAAGAGGUGCUCAAGAACACGGAGUUUACUUUUUCCCACGCUGGGAAACCACUCGCAUCUAUGCGGAGCGCAAUGGUUCCAUGACUCAUUAUCCAGAAUCAGUCAUUCAAGAAGAAGUGCCAUCACUGGUAGCUGGUUUGACCUGUGUGUUCAGAGACCUUGCGGCUGAACAUGACUUCACCAUGCCCUCCGACAUCUCACCCCAACCGAAGACAGCCUUGCUAUUAUUUUUGCUUGCAGCUGUUGCUGUUUUUUCUUCGAUAUUUGCCAGAAAGAUGAUAAAGAUGCUGCAUUGCGCGAUGUCGCGUAGAGAAGGUGUUGCUCUUCGAUCUGACGCAGCAACUAUCGGUACUUGUGAGCGAGCCGAAGAAGAUGCCGAAGAAGCGGAGACGGAGCCGCUGAAAUCAGUGAAGUAGGAAAAUAGGCGCUUUCGCGCGCGAUCGAAGCCGAUUGACGAG